UUUUCCCGUUUCUUUUUUGUUUUGGUGACAUUUUCUAAACUAUGGAUUCUCUUUCCAUGCUAUCUCCAUCAAAAAUGAUGGCGUUCCUCCAGAACCGGUCCAUCUCCCUGGUGGAUAUGUACAUCGACAACUCGGAGCCAUCGGAGAACGUCGGCCAGAUCCACUUCUCUUUGGAGUACGACUUCCAGAACACCACUUUGAUACUGAGAAUCAUUCAGGGCAAGGAGCUCCCAGCCAAAGACUUGAGCGGGACCUCAGAUCCUUACGUCAGGGUGACGCUGCUCCCCGACAAAAAGCAUCGUCUGGAGACCAAGAUCAAGAGGCGAACGCUGAACCCCAGGUGGAAUGAGACCUUCUACUUCGAGGGGUUCCCUAUUCAGAAGCUGCAGAGUCGGGUGCUGCACCUCCAUGUGUUUGAUUACGACCGAUUUUCGAGGGACGACUCCAUCGGAGAAGUGUUCCUGCCUUUAUGUCAGGUGGACCUAAGCGAGAAGCCGUCCUUCUGGAAGGCCCUGAAGCCCCCAGCGAAGGACAAGUGCGGCGAGCUGCUGACCUCGCUCUGCUACCAUCCCAGCAACAGUGUGCUGACGCUGACCCUGCUGAAGGCUAGGAACCUGAAGGCCAAGGACAUUAACGGGAAGUCUGAUCCCUACGUAAAAGUGUGGCUACAGUUCGGCGACAAACGCAUUGAGAAGCGCAAGACGGCCAUCUUCAAGUGUACCCUGAACCCGGUGUUCAACGACUCCUUCUCCUUCAACGUACCCUGGGAGAAGAUCAGGGAGUGUUCCCUGGACGUCCAGGUCAUGGACUUCGACAAUAUUGGCAGGAACGAGCUGAUCGGCCGGAUACUCCUAGCUGGCAAAAACGGCUCCGGCGCCACCGAGACGAAGCACUGGCAGGACAUGAUAACCAAGCCACGGCAGACCAUCGUGCAAUGGCACCGCCUGAAGCCAGAGUAAUUUAUUGUUAUAAAAAAGAGAAAUUAACAAAAAAAAGUUAAUACAAAACGUCAUAAGACUGAGCGGUUAAAAGAAAAAAUCGAAAUGGCAAGGAAAAAAAGAGAAUCUCCACUCUGAGUCUACUUUUGGACAAUUUUUAAUCC